AGAAAUCAGCUAUGAGUGAUGACGAAGCCGCAGUUCCAGGCAAUAAGCCAAUUCGGCUCCCAAAAAAGGCUGCGAAAGUGAAAAAUAAGGCACCAGCUCAACUUCAAAUCACAGCCGAACAAUUGCUCCGAGAAGCGAAAGAACGAGAGCUUGAACUCAUUCCACCCGCACCAAAAACAAAAAUCACCGAUCCAGAUGAAUUGAAAGAAUAUCAGCGAAAAAAGAGGAAGGAGUUCGAAGAUGGAAUUCGUAAAAAUCGUAUGCAACUUGCCAAUUGGAUUAAGUAUGGAAAAUGGGAAGAAUCGAUUGGAGAGAUUCAACGAGCUCGAUCAGUUUUCGAAAGAGCUUUGGACGUUGAUCAUCGUUCAAUCAGUAUUUGGCUGCAGUACGCUGAAAUGGAGAUGCGAUGCAAACAAAUCAAUCACGCGAGAAACGUGUUCGAUAGAGCAAUCACCAUUAUGCCACGUGCCAUGCAAUUCUGGUUAAAAUACUCCUACAUGGAGGAAGUGAUUGAGAACAUUCCCGGAGCCAGACAAAUCUUUGAGCGAUGGAUUGAGUGGGAACCACCAGAGCAGGCUUGGCAGACUUAUAUCAACUUUGAGCUUCGCUAUAAGGAGAUUGAUCGUGCUCGUUCUGUGUAUCAGAGGUUUUUACAUGUUCACGGAAUUAAUGUACAAAACUGGAUCAAAUACGCCAAGUUUGAAGAACGAAAUGGAUAUAUUGGUAAUGCUAGAGCAGCGUACGAGAAAGCUAUGGAAUACUUUGGAGAAGAAGAUAUCAAUGAGACGGUGCUGGUUGCUUUUGCUCUUUUUGAAGAGCGUCAGAAAGAACACGAAAGAGCACGUGGAAUCUUCAAAUACGGAUUAGACAAUCUUCCAUCGAACCGAACCGAAGAAAUUUUCAAGCACUACACGCAACACGAGAAGAAGUUUGGAGAACGAGUGGGAAUUGAAGAUGUAAUUAUCAGUAAAAGAAAGACACAGUACGAGAAAAUGGUUGAAGAGAAUGGAUACAAUUAUGAUGCAUGGUUCGAUUAUUUACGAUUGUUGGAGAAUGAGGAAACUGAUCGAGAAGAAGUUGAAGAUGUCUACGAGAGAGCAAUUGCUAAUAUUCCGCCUCAUUCCUACUUUCAGGAAAAACGCUAUUGGCGUCGGUACAUUUACCUCUGGAUCAACUACGCUUUGUAUGAAGAACUCGUUGCAAAAGAUUUUGAUAGAGCUCGUCAGGUCUACAAAGCAUGUAUUGAUAUCAUUCCACACAAAACUUUCACAUUUGCAAAAGUCUGGAUCAUGUUUGCGCAUUUUGAAAUUCGACAGCUGGAUCUUAACGCUGCAAGAAAGAUUAUGGGUGUUGCUAUUGGAAAGUGCCCCAAGGACAAGCUGUUCCGUGCGUACAUCGAUUUGGAGCUGCAACUUCGUGAAUUCGAUCGGUGUCGGAAACUCUACGAGAAGUUUUUAGAAAGUUCUCCAGAAAGUUCUCAAACUUGGAUCAAAUUCGCCGAGCUUGAAACUCUCCUUGGUGAUACUGACCGUUCUCGUGCUGUUUUCACAAUUGCCGUACAACAACCGGCUCUUGAUAUGCCUGAACUUCUUUGGAAAGCCUAUAUUGACUUUGAAAUUGCUUGUGAGGAACACGAAAAGGCUAGAGAUCUCUAUGAAACCCUACUCCAACGAACAAAUCACAUUAAAGUCUGGAUUUCGAUGGCUGAAUUUGAACAAACCAUUGGAAACUUUGAAGGGGCGCGUAAGGCGUUUGAAAGAGCUAAUCAAUCAUUGGAGAAUGCCGAGAAAGAGGAACGAUUGAUGUUACUGGAAGCAUGGAAAGAAUGUGAAACGAAGAGCGGUGAUCAAGAAGCGUUAAAGAGAGUUGAAACUAUGAUGCCUCGUAGAGUCAAAAAACGACGUCAAAUACAAACUGAAGAUGGUGUCGAUGCAGGAUGGGAGGAAUACUUUGACUACAUAUUCCCACAAGAUCAAGCAGCAAAAGGCAGUUUCAAACUUCUCGAAGCAGCCGCCAGAUGGAAGAGGGAAAGAGAAGAAGCUGCAGCACGAGCAGCUCAGGAACUUGAUGCUCCUAUUCCAGAAGGAGAUGAUGAUGAAGAAAAAGAGGAAGCUGGGAAAGAUGCUGAAGAAAAAGUACGAGAAGGCGAUAGCGAUACGGAUUUAUCGGAAAGCAGUAGUAGCAGCGAUAGUGAAUCAUCAUCAUCAUCAUCAUCUGACUCUUCUGAUUCCUCUGAUGAUGACGAAGACAAGUAAAAGCUAUACAUCAGCCGUUUCUUUUUUAUCGUUAUUCAAAAUAUCUCCCUGUUCUCUGUUCUUUUUUUCCUCCUCUCACUAUGCGAUUUCUUCUCAAUUCUGUGUUUUUUUUUGUUUGAAUUUAUCUUCCGUUCUCAAAAUUGAUCGUUUCUUUCCAUCGCAACGCGAAUAAAUUAUUUUUGUACUAAAA